AUGGCGCUCCUCUUCCUCCACAUUCAGAGCGUAUUGAGCGUAUCUGACAUUCAUCUGACAGUGGAAGACGGAGAAGGGGUCGUGCUGGCGUCGCACACCAUCCUGCGGGGGGCGACAUUGGAGGACGCCCUGACGCUCGAGAAGGGCUGUUCGCUCAAGGCAUCCUUCAAGCCAGUGCUGGGGUCGCAGUCCACCAUGUUCCUGCCGCAGCAGGCCUUCCUGCGCGUCGACUCGCCGUCAGGCACCGCCACCGUCGCCGUCGCCGCGCGGCCCUCCAAGGCCGGGGACGCGUUGAUUGCCACGGCGGGCCACUCCGCGCUCGCCGCACAGCUCGCGCCUGGGCCCACCCGCCUCUCUCUGGUCCUGGGCGACGCCUCCCUGCCCCUCGGACUGGAGGCCGUCCUGGGCACACUGGUGCUGGGCCAGCCGGCGCCGGGCCGGGGCUACAAGGCCCCCGUCCUGGGCCCCCUGCCCGAGAUCCAGCACCGGCACCGCCAGCCGGAGCGGCGCGCCAACCCCUUGGCCCCCCUCACCGCCCUCGGCGGGGUGCUGGCCCUGGGCGCCGCCUUCCUCCUGGCCCUGCCGGCCCGCCUGGGGGCCAACCUGAAGGGCUUCCCCGCUGGUGGCAGGGCGGGCCUGGCAGCGCUGGGCUUUCACGCCGCGCUGGCGGCCACGCUGGGCACGCUGGCCCUGUUCUGGCUGCGCCUGACCCUGCUACAGACGCUGCCCGCACUGGGCGCGCUGGGUCUGGUCGUGAACGGGACGGGCAGGGCGCUCGCCGCGACGCGCGCCCCGGCUGCUGGCGGGCGGAAAAAGGCCGAGUGA